AUGGAUUUAUCGAAGGUUGGUGAAAAAUUCCUCCACUCUGUUAAAUCCGCUACUUUUCUUGGUCUCUUACCAUCACCAUCGAUCUCGGAUCGUCCUGAGAUUCCGGCACGUGCUGCGGCAGCUGCUGCGGUUGCUCGUGCUUUGGCGGGACUUCCUUCUGAUCAGAGGUUGAGUAUAUCUUCUACUGCUACUGAGCUUAACUCAAUUUAUGGAAAUAGACCUCUUCCUCAACAAGUUGAAGAGCUUGAAGAGGGAUUUUAUGAAGAGGAUUUUGAUCCGGUAAGGCAUAUUUUGGAGAAUGUGCCGGAUGAUGAAAGUGAGUUAGCUUAUUUUGAGAAGCAGGCUACCUUGAGGUUGGUACAGCUGGAUAGAGUGGCGGAAAAUCUGUCACACCAUGUUAUGGAGCAUCAUGAAGUAAUGGUGAAGGGGAUGAAUUUGGUAAGAGAAUUGGAAAAAGAUUUGAAGAUUGCAAAUGUCAUCUGCAAGGUAUGAGUUUCAUAUUCUUUAAC